CCUUCAGUGUAUGACAACAUGGCGGCGUCCGGGAGGCACGUAGGGCAUUGCAUCCAGAGAAACGGACGAUUUGUGAUAAAUAACUUGGAGCAGUUGUGGGGUUACAGGAGCUUUGGUUGGACUCCAGCACUGCGACAGCAAGUUGUCGAGGCUAAUAAAGAAUCUACAGAGAAUAUUGUCAUCCCCAGGAAGAAAACAUGGAGCAAAGAGGCGGUGCUGGAGGCUCUGGCUUCAACUGUCGGCAGGGAUCCUACAGCAUAUCGCUACCAGUUCCAGGAUGACUCUUACCUCUCUCCCAGGACCUCCACUGAGUUUAAGUUGUACUCAGUGUCUCAGGAGUCCGGCAGGUCUGCAGCCAAAUACUUUAUCAACAGUAAUCCCAAGUUCUUCACUAAAGACUUUGCUGAGCCACACAUACCGUGUCUGAUGCCAGAAACAGUGUCACUACAACUUGAGGAGGUGAGCGAGGAGGCACUGAAGGAACGAAUCAGCCUAAGGAAAGUUACAGCUGCAGUGGACAUGUAUGACCAGCUGCUGCAAGCUGGCACAGCAAUCUCCAUGGAAACAACCCAUGACCUGUUAGACCUGAUCAGUCUCUACGAUGACAGAGACCCUGACAUGCAGGACUUAGGAGAGGAGGGGAAGCGGAAGAGAGUCAAGUUCCGUCAGGCUUCGGAUUUCGUGAACACUACCUGGAAAGAAAACAACAACGCUGAGAGAAUCUUUAACCUGCUGCCAGAGAAAGACACACGGUGUUACUCUGCUCUGAUCAGAGGCAUGGUGAAGCAUGAAGCCCAUGGAAAGGCCUUCAGCAUGUACACAGACAUGCUCAACAACAAAGUGACUGCUGACAUUCACAUCUACCACGCGCUGAUCAUAGCAGCUCCAAAUGUCCAAGAAAAAAGCAGUGAGAAAUGGGACCUGAUCGCUGAGUUGUUGACCGAGAUGAAUCAACAGAAAAUAAGGCCCAACCUGACGACCUUCAACUGUGUCCUUAAAUCUCUGAGACGCUGUGGCCCUCUGGCCAGAACAAAAGCUCUGCAAACUCUGAAUGAGAUGAAGGCCUUGGGAAUCGUUCCCAGCCUGGGCUCAUACGACCACAUCCUGUCAAUUGUUUACAAAUCAGUCUUCUCUGACCAAAGGAACACUGACAUCUUACAGGAAAUCAUGUCAGAGCUGGAAGGUCGCAGCUUCACCUGUCAGGACCCUUGUGAUGUUCUGUUCUUUGCUACUGCAAUGAAAAUAUGUAUCGGCAAUAAAGAUCUGGAGCUGGGUUAUAAAGUACAGAGUCUACUAGAAGUAGGGGAGAACUGGAGGCUGCUGGGAGAUCCCUACCAACAGAGUAUUUACUAUGGUCGCUUCUUCACCCUGCUGUGCCUGAUGGAGCACAUCGAUGUAGUGCUGAAGUGGUACAAAAAGCUCAUUCCCUCGUUGUUCUACCCGAACUCUCAGGGACUUAAGGACCUGCUGCAGGCUCUGGACACAGACAGCCGCCUUGAUUUGCUGCCCCAUAUAUGGAAAGAUAUCUGCACCGUGGGUCAUUAUAAUAAGUCAGAUCUGGUGGAGGAGCUGCUUGCCCUGAUGGCCAGAGAGAAACACAGUCCCGAGGUUCAGCAGUCUUUUGCAGCGUGUGCUCUUGAUAUAAAGAGGGUGUUUGAUGGUGACAGAGGGAGGUCCAGUCUAGAGUGGAGCACCUCCUCUCUCUCAAACAUCACCUCCGUGCUGCUGCGAGCCAACUUGACCCAACAGGCCUGGGAGAUGCUGCAGCUCUUCAAAUCCAACAACAGAGUUCCUUCUGAGCAACUGUUGGAAGACUUCCUGUCGGUGUGUCUCAGCAAUGGCUCUCCUCAGAGAGCAGUGGACCUUGUUCAGCUGUCUGCAGCCUUCUGUCUGCCAGAAACACCAAAGCUAGCAAAAAAAGCACUGGCUGAGUUUGAUCUGAACGAGGAGCAGAGAGCCGUUUUAUCUGAACUGGAGUCUGCAGGAGAGUCCUCUGACUGAAGGAGACGACACUGGGUGAACCGCUGUGACGCCAAUAACUCUCUCAACUAAAUAAGAAUACAUCGAUAACAAAAUCUGACAAAUCCAUAGACUCUACUUAUUUCUGUAUCUGUGUAAUAAAAUUAUGUGACAUUGA